AUGGCCCGCCGAUGGGUUCGCAAGAUCGAGCGUUACUGCUGCUCCUGCCUCACGUACUUUCCUCUCGCUUUCGUGUAUGGCUUGACAACGUGGGCCGUAUGGGUUGAUAUAUGCGUUGGCAGCACUCGAUCCAAAGUCCGUUGGAUAGGCACGCAAUCGUCUAUUGGAGCUGUCUUGCUCUACGGCAUGCUCAACUGGGCCUACACGACAGCCGUCUUCACCGAGCCCGGCAGCACGACAAACGCCUACGGCUACUCGACCCUGCCCACGAGCGCCCCACCAAGAGCCACCUCCUUCACAGUCAAGUCUAAUGGCGAGUUGCGCUUCUGCAAGAAAUGUCAGGCGAGGAAGCCGGAUCGUGCUCAUCACUGCAGCACAUGCCGAAGGUGUGUCCUGAAGAUGGAUCACCAUUGUCCAUGGCUUGCCACGUGCAUUGGUCUGCGCAACCACAAGGCUUUCCUCUUGUUCCUCAUAUACACAACCCUCUUCUGUUUCUACAGCUUUGCCGUCUCGGGAUCAUGGGUCUAUUCGGAGCUGGUGGCCGAGACGCAGUACGUCCAGACGUUUAUGCCCGUCAAUUACAUCAUGCUAGCUGUCAUCUCGGGCAUUAUUGGUCUGGUAGUCGGCGCAUUUUGUGGUUGGCAUGUACUGUUGGCGAGCAGGGGGCAGACGACUAUUGAAUGUCUCGAAAAGACCCGAUACUUGUCGCCUCUUCGCAAACAAAUGCACCAAACCUACAAUGCGCAACACAAUGGAGAGGGUGUGCAACUCCCCAAGUAUGGACAGCAACUACUCGAUAUCCAUCAAAAUGCUAUUCCCGGAGUCACGAGACCAGAGGAGGGAGAGAUCAGCGUCAGUGUAGACGGCCGCGACAACCGCCAACCUUCAAACAUGACGUACGAGGACAUGGAGAGGCAACGGGCGCGCGAGCGGUACGAGGAGUACCUGGACGAACAAGAUUCGGACAAGCUGCCAAAUGCUUUUGACCUUGGUGCGAAACGAAAUCUUUUACAUCUUUUUGGCCACUCGCCUCUCCUCUGGCCACUACCCAUCAUCAACACGACAGGAGACGGCUGGUCGUGGGAAGCAAGUCCAAAGUGGAUCCAGGCGCGCGAAAGGCUCUCGCAAGAGCGUGAUGAGCAGAGGCAGAGGGAGCAAGCUGCUGGAUGGGGCACCGAAACACCUGUAUUCGUGCAAAACACUACGUAUACCCCGGACGAUCUUGGUGUCACUAGGCAAUAUCUUGCGCCGUCUCCGGCACUUUCCGCUGGACGACGAACACCAUCCAAGGCCGACCGUGUACUCGGGAGGGAUCCCAACCUGUACGCGGACGAACCUCCCACUUCACUUCCUAUGAGAAAGCUCAGCCCUUAUGGCGCUGAGGUCGAGGACGACUAUGACACUAGCAGCGAUGAGGAUGCGGCAAAGGAGCAACGUGCUAUGAACGUUGUUACAAACGGCGCGUGGGCACGGAGCGGUGCUAGCGGUCUGUUACGAAAACCCACAAACUCGCGCUUAUCACCCACAAGCCAAUCGGCACAUCAUGACGAUGAAGUGGACUAA